AUGGCUGCCGACUAUGAUUUUUUAUUCAAGGCUGACUCAGACGUGCACCGCCGCGUCGAGGCAGGCGUCGACUUUCGGGUCAAGUACCUGAACCUGGGCGGGCGCCGCGUCAAGCUGACUGUGUGGGACACGGCGGGGCAGGAGCGCUUCAGGACACUCACCAGCAGCUAUUACCGCGGCGCGCAGGGCAUUAUCUUUGUGUACGACGUGACGCGGCGGGAGACGUUUGAGGACCUGGAGCGCGUGUGGAUGAAGGAGGUGGACAUCUACAGCAACAUAGAGGACGCCGUGAAGAUGGUGGUGGCCAACAAGGUCGAUCUGGAGUCGUCGCGCGCCGUCUCCACGGAGGAGGGCCACGCCUUUGCGCGCGACAACGGCUGCCUCUACGUGGAGACCUCGGCAAAGGUCAACAUUGCGGUCGGCCAGGCGUUUGAGGAGCUGGUUCAGAAGAUAUUGGAAACGCCGGCGCUGCUGGACGGCUUCAGCCACCCGGGGGCCAUCAAGCUGGACCAGCAGAGUAAUGCAGCCAGCAGCUGCUCCUGCUGA